GAACGCACAUCAGACACGUCAGAAUACAUUUUUGCUUUUGAACUAUUGUUUGUUCAAGUGUUUUUACCUUUCUGGUAUUAUUAAAAAUCAGAAAAUAGUAAAUCAUACCACAUACAAUGAACCGUUGCCUGGCAAAUGUCGUGUUGGCGCUUGCCUUAGCAGCCUCAUUGGUUUCGGCUUUGCCAGUCACUCAAAAUAAGAAAGAUGACAAGGGAAAAGAACCCAGCAGCACACCUGCUACUGCAGAUGUGGAGACGGCGCUAGAGUAUGAACGCUAUUUACGGGAGGUUGUUGAGGCGCUUGAAUCUGACGUCGAUUUUCGUAAAAAACUGGACAAGGCUCCAGAAGCUGACAUUCGUAGUGGAAAAAUAGCACAAGAACUGGACUACGUGAAUCAUCAUGUGCGCACAAAAUUGGACGAGAUAAAAAGACGCGAAGUGGAGCGUUUGCGUGAGUUGGCUAAUAAGGAGUAUGAACUACGCAAUGGCAUCGAUCGCGAACACUUGAAAGUGGCACAGCACUUGGACCACGGCAAUCAGAUGACUUUUGAAGUUGAAGAUCUGCGAAAGUUGAUCAAAAAGACUUCUGACGAUUUAUCUGAAGCAGAUCGUAAGCGCCGCGGGGAAUUUAAAGAGUACGAAAUGCAAAAGGAGUUUGAGCGUGAGGCCCAGUUAAAGGAGAUGGAUGAAGCAUCGCGGAAGAAAUAUGAAGCGGAGAUUAAAGAGAAGGAACAAAAGCACAAGGAACAUCCUAAGGUACACCAUCCUGGAAAUAAAGCUCAGCUAGAAGAGGUCUGGGAAAAGGAGGACCAUAUGUCCAAGGAUGAUUUCAACCCAAAAACCUUUUUCUCCAUACACGAUGUGGAUAGCAAUGGCUAUUGGGAUGAAGUCGAGGUUAAAGCGCUAUUUAUCAAGGAGCUAGAUAAGGUAUAUCAAAGCGGCUUGCCCGAAGAUGAUAUGCGUGAGCGUGCUGAAGAAAUGGAGCGAAUGCGGGAACAUUAUUUCCAGGAAACGGAUACCAACCAUGAUGGCUUAAUUAGCAUAGAAGAAUUUAUGAAGCAGACAACCAAGGAAGAGUUCCAGAAGGAUCCUGAAUGGGAGACGAUCGAUCAGCAGCAGCAAUACACGCAUGACGAGUACCUGGAAUUUGAGCGGCGUCGUCAGGAAGAGGUACAGCGCUUGAUUGCUCAGGGUCAGUUGCCACCACAUCCCAAUAUGCCGCAGGGAUACUACGCUGCACCGCCACCAUAUCAGAUGCCGGCUCCUGGCGCCCAAUUACACUACCAACAACCAGAUCAAGUACACAUGCAGCAGCAGCAGCAAUAUGCUCACCAGCAGCAGCAAUACGCACAGCAGCAGUACGCCCAGCAACAGUAUCAUCAACCGCAGUAUCCCCAACCGGUGCACUUGGAUCCGAAUCAAGUGUAUCAGCAUGCUGGACAAGUACCCCCACAGCAAGUGCCAGUAAAUCAGGCUCAUGCAUCUGGCCAACAACAACAGCAGCCUAUUCAGCAACAUCAGCAGCAACCAGCCCCAGCGCAAGCAGCUCAAGAACCACAACAACAUCAGCAGCAACCAUAUGUAGCCCCAGCACAAGCAGCUCAACAGCCACAACAGCAUCAGCAGCAACCAUAUGUAGCCCCAGCACAGGCAGCUCAACAUCAGCAGCAACCAAAUGUUGCCCCAGCUCAGCAACAACAACAACAGCAGCAGCAACCAUAUGUAGCUCCAGCACAAGCAGCUCAACAACCACAGCAGCAGCAACCAAGCUUAGCCCCAACGCAAGGAGCUCAGCAACAACAACAACGUCAUUAAAUGCAACAUUCCAUUGCAAUUGCAUUUAAAAAACAAAAUCAACUAAAUUCCCGUUUGACUGAAAAUUCUAUCUCAUUGCAACAUAUAUUCAAAAUGCUUGGUAUUUAUAUGUUACGUAACAAGAAACAAACAUAAAUUGUCUGUCGCUUGGCGAAAUGUCUUUCCACUUCAUCACUUUUUGAUAAAUUUUAUUUUUUUAUACUUUCCGUUAAAUAUAUAUUUUGUA